ACAGGCAGGUCAGGGAUGACGAGCCAAAACGCCAAACAAACGCCGAAUGCGUCACAUCACGGUGGUGUUGGAGGAGGAAGGUUGGGGAUAGGGACGGAUCUCUCUGGAAUUCACUCGGCUGUUCGGACCCAGGCGCGGAAGCUCAGUGGGCCGAAACGGCCCUUAUUGUGCUGCCCCGGGGUUGGCCCGCCUAGGUUUUCUGAUACGGCCCAGGCCUUUUUUCCAUCUCUCCCUUUCGGCCGUUCGUUUCGACCGUUCAUUCGCUUCACGGGCGCGAGGGACGGGAUAAUGGCGGCAGCGGCAGCGAGCUCGCUCUCAGUUCUGCCCCUCGCGCCGCGGAGGCCGCUCCCGCUGAGGCGCGCUGCUAGGAAUGCGGAGGGUGGAGGGGCUUCGAGGCCUCUGCGCCUCGCGAGGUUGCGGCUGCGGCGCGGGCGCCCAGCUGCUGCGGCCGUGGCCGGCGACGCGGAGUUGCCCCUGGAGGAGGCGGAGGCCGCGAUGAGGGUGGCGGCCGACGACGACAGCGUCACCGCCACGGUGGUGUCCGUGCUGCUGACGGUCGCGUUCGUCGGCCUCUCCAUCCUCACCCUCGGUGUGAUCUACCUGGCGGUGCAGGACUUCUUACAGAAGAGGGAAAAGGAGAAGUUUGAGAAGGAGGAGGCCGAGAAGCAGAAAGAGGAGGCCAGGCAGAAGAGGGCCAAGUCCAGGAAGAAGAGGAGAAAUUAUUGAUUCCUGCCUCUCGUUUGUCUGCCACCCCAAUGUUAUGCUCUUCGGAUGCAGAUGAGUCUUCAGUGUGUGCUUUUCUCAGAUAUUUUGUCAUUGGAAGACUGGUUAGCUGCUUGCUUCUGUUAGCUCUGUUCAAGUUAACCCCAUUUCUUCUCAUUUAUUCUGGUUUGUGUAAAAGUUAUUGUACAACAGAUGCUUCAUAAAUUUUAUAUGUCACCUCAAUUGCAUUUGCCAACAUGUUGUACUUCAAUACAAAUCAAGAAGUACUAACAUGUUUUACUCAGUUUGUGUU